AUGAAUGCAGACCAUCUACUCAAUUGGUUUCAUUCGAUCCAAAAUGAUGUUCCGGUCGGCGACGUUCGUCCUGAUGAUGUCGGCUAUUUGACGACAGUUCAGAGUUUUCAGCCUAUAUGGCAGUAUAUGCGCGACCAUUUUUAUUCCAAAGAACAUGUAAAACAAGUUCGCGAAAAUCUUGAAUUAUCCCGUUUAAAAGAAAAACAUCAUAAUUCUUGGAAAGAAAUAUUGAAUUCAGAGAAUAAACGUCGUCAACUAGAAAUACAAAUAGGUAUGAAACACGAUGAUAAUGUAAAGAAACAAAAGGAAAUUAAAAUAUUGGAUGAUGAUUUGGCAAAAACUGAUCAUCAAUGUGAAAAAGAAAUUAUGAAUAUUAAAUCAUUGGAAAAUCAUUUAUUUAUAUUUAAACAGUUUUUGGAUAAAAUGACAAAAUUACGAGAAUUUUCAACAAAACUAAUUAGCUUGAAAAAUGAUAAACAAGAUAUUGUCGUUGUAACAACGACAUUGAUGAACAAAAAAAAUGGACCAAUUGAACCAAAUGAAAUAUUAACUGAAGAAUUGACAAAUAUCAUUGAUUUACUUCAUCAAUAUUAUACUGAUCAAGUGGAGACUGUUAAAUAUCAACAACACGAAAAACUUCAAUUUGUUUCAACAAAAUUUCUGGAACGAAGUUAUGAUUUAACAUUAAAUAUUCUAUUUCAAUGUGCUUGUACAAUUGUUCAAAAAAGAAUUCAAGAUGUGAUGAAGCUUAACUCGAUUGACAGUGGUAAUUCUGCUAGUGUCGUUACGCAUAAUGAAUACCAAACCUUGACAUAUAAUCAAACAUUAAAUAAAAUUAAUUUAGCCUAUGUCAAAAAAUUUUUGUUGUUAGAACGUGAAAAAGCUCACUGCCAUGAAACUGAAGAGCAAGUGAAUGCGAUGAAAUUGGAGAUUGUUAAUUUACGUAAUGAAACUGAACGAUCGCAAACAACGAAUAUAAUUGACACAAUGCUUGCUACAAAGUCGUCCGAAGUUUAUGUUGAUGCACUGAAAAAAAAAUUAUUUACAUUACAAACAGAAGAUAAAAAUGAGCCGAGUAUGAAAGAUAUACGAGAUGAAAUUAAACAAGUACGAACAAGGAUAGAUGAGAAAAAACAAAAUAUUAAACAAUUGGAUUCAAUUUUAACUACAAUAUUCAACGAUAAUCUAAUUGAAGAAUUAGAUCGUUUACAAUCAAAAUUACUUAGUUAUGAGCAUUUAUUGAAUAAUUUUGCCCCAAAACUUUAUCCAAUAAAUGAAUUGUACAAAAGAUUAUGUUCAGAUAUACUUGCCACUGUUUUCAAAUGGCAAACAGAUCAGUUUUAUUCUAUUGUCAUAGAUGAAGAUCAAAUGGAUAAUAGUAAAGAUGAUAUGUUACAAUCAACGCCUGGUGAACAAUCAAAAGAUUUAAAGUCGCUAAAAGAACUACUAGGUAUUGUUACUGUUGACCGAACACCAGCGCAAUCACCAAAUAGUGAAAUGAAAGCGAGAGAAAGAUGGAAUUAUGACGAUGAAUUGUUGAUUGGCAGUUUGCAAUUAGAGAAGAUGGUUAUUAACUCAAGUCAAUUGAAUUUUGAUGAAACAAAUUGGUCAAAAUUAAUGAAAAUAGAUGAGGAAAUCAAUUCGAAUGUUGAACAUUGCCAAAAUUAUGUGAAUCAAUUUCAAAAACAAUUUCAAAGUUAUCUUGAACAAGUCGAAAUUUUGUAUCAUGAACAUUCGGAACAACCAGCCUUUGCUGCUCCAUUCACGAUGGAUUUAGAACCACAUGGAAAUACUUAA